CUGCUUAUGCACAGCAGUGUGUGUCUGAGCUUCACUCCAGUAUGUGAUGGAUCUCAUUUUCACAACACAUUGGAUUUUGAACACAGACCAAACUGCAUUUCCUGGGAUGAUUAAACUUUCUAAAACUUUAGGAUUUUUUAUUGCUUCUUAACACACACAGGUGUGUGUGUUUGUAACACUGCCUGAGACUAUUUUGCUAGUGUGUGUAUGUGUGUAAGUCUAUUUUGCCUUUUUGCAACUGUAAGACGAAAGCAGAAAAGUAAAGAGAAGCUGAGAGGACGCAUGGACUUCACUCAGGAUCCUCAGCUGCUCUUUUUUCAGUGUGUGAGAGUGUGAGUGUUUGUGUGUGUGCGACAAUGUUUCGAACACUGAUUUUGCUACUGUGUUGUGUGUCGGCACUGCUGCAUGUGUCUCCAGCAGCCGAGAGGAUUAAAGUUCUCUUCACGCCAACCAUCUGCAGGCAGCGCUGCUCCAAUGGACACUGCAUCAACAACUGCAAGCGAGGCAACAUUACCACGCUGUAUAGCAAUGAGGAUGUGACAAGCACGUCUGGCUUUAGAGUGUUUCUGUGCCCCAUGUUGUGUAAAAACGGAGGUGUGUGCAUUAAGAAAGAUCGAUGUCUCUGUCCUACCAACUUUACUGGAAAGUUCUGUCAUAUCCCUGUGACUUCAUCCUCCACCACUUCCCACGAGAUUGAGAAGCUUUCUCCAAGUGGUACUUUUCUGAUGCGUUCGGAGUACUUCCUUCCCUUACAGAGUCGACAGCAGAACCAAACCAACGGGUCUCCACUGGUGACUGUUCGAGUGCAUCAUCCUCCUGAAGCAACGGUGAAGAUCCACCAGGUGAUGAAAGUCACUUCAAGUUCCAGCUCGGAGACGGUGGCACGAUCAUCAAGCCUCUCAGGUUCCCAUGGUAGCAGCAAACAUAGCAGCACAUUUCUGUCAGACAGAGCAGAAGCUCCAAGUGCUCUUGUCCAGGCACAAACUUUCAGGGGAGACUCUAUCUACACAGAGGCUUCUGGAUUUAAAUAUUGCUUUAGAGAAGUCCGCAAUGGACAGUGCAGUUCUCCCCUGCCUGGGCUCCGCAGUCAGGAAACGUGCUGCAGGGGAGAUGGUUUAGCAUGGGGAAUAAAAGAGUGUACACUCUGCCCUCCAAUAUCAGGAAGUGGUACAAAUGGAGAGAAAAGCUGUCCGAAAGGCUUUGAAAGGGUUAAUGGUACACAGUGUGUGGAUAUUAACGAGUGCUUGCAGCCGGGUUUCUGUGAGAACGGCAAGUGUGUGAACACCCGUGGGAGCUACAGCUGUGUUUGCAAACCUGGUUUCUUAUUGGAUGCUUCACAUGGCCUCUGUAUCUCUCAGAAGGUGAUUUCAGAGGAGAAGGAUCAGUGUUUCCGUAUUGUCUCUCAGGGCUUCUGCUCUAUGCCCAUUCUGAAGAACAUCACCAAGCAGAUCUGCUGCUGCAGUCGUGUGGGUAAAGCCUGGGGAAGGAAAUGUGAGGCCUGCCCAUAUUUUGGAUCUGUUGAAUUUAAGGAGAUUUGUCCUGCUGGUCCUGGCUACCAUUACUCACCCAACACCUUGAAGUUGAAUCCAAGGGUUGCUGAACCACACAGACCUGCUCUGGUUUCUCAGAUCAAUCGCACUUCGACUACAGUGACUAGAUAUGAUACAUCAUUAUUACAAUCAACAACAAGAAAUGAGCCGCCACAUAACCAAAGACCUACAAGACCCCAAUCUCCAACUAUCAGCCAUAAUGUCAAGAUUCAGCAGUCCAGUACUGGUCAGAGACAGCCACUUACAUCAGAGGUUUUCAUCAUUCAGAGUGAACCACAGCUAAGUCAGCACAGACAAACAGGAGGGCUUGCUUCGUCAACUAGCCAGCCAAGCAGGGAACGUUCCUUUGUUAUUAGGACCCAGACAAGCAGGCCAUCGAUUAUCAGACAGCAUUAUUCUGAAUUCGGACCUCUCCGAGGUCCCUCGACGGUCCGUCCACCCCCACCAAUAACAGAUAAACGUGCAUGUGAAGCUAACCCACAGGUUUGUGGGCCAGGUCGGUGUGUUGAUAUGCCUGGAGGUAAACACACAUGUCAUUGUAAUCCUGGGUUCAUCCUCAAUUCUCAAGCAGGUCAUUGCCAAGAUAUAAAUGAAUGUUUGUUGUCUCCAAGGCCGUGUUUGAGUGGUCACUGUGAGAACACACUGGGAAGUUUUCAGUGUGUGUGUCCUUCAGGUUACCAGACUAAUUCCCAAAAAAACCUUUGCACAGAUAUUGAUGAGUGUCGUCUGAUCCCUAACCCUUGUGUAAAUGGGCGCUGUGAGAACACACACGGCAGCUUCAGGUGUGUGUGCAGGACAGGAUACAAACUGCAAAACAACACCUGCAUAGACAUUGAUGAGUGUGAUGACUCACUCCGCUGUCCAGGAAAGGAGUGCGUAAACACUCAAGGUUCCUACAAUUGUGUGUCCUGCAAACCUGGAUUUGGUCUCCUUAAUGGCCAGUGCACAGAUAUUGAUGAAUGUCGUCAGAGUCCAUCUCUUUGCUCUAGUGGCCGCUGUGAGAACACACCUGGCAGCUACAGAUGUGUGUGUAAUAAAGGUUUUAAGCUACAGGGUAACAUCUGCACAGAUGUGAAUGAAUGUGAGGACUCUCUGCAGUGCCCUGGUCAGGGAUGUAUUAAUACACUGGGUUCAUAUAGAUGUGUGUCUUGUGAACCCGGGUUUGAAUUAACCAACAGAAGAUGCACAGAUAUCGAUGAGUGUCGUCAGGUUCCUGCCACAUGUGCCAAUGGGCGCUGUGAGAACACACCUGGCAGCUACAAAUGUGUGUGUCAUACAGGGUACAAGCUUCAAGACAACAAAUGCACAGAUAUAAAUGAGUGCGAGAACCACCUGCAGUGUCGUGGUCAGGUGUGUGUCAACACUCCAGGUUCAUACCGGUGCAGAUCAUGUGGCGCUGGAUUCAGCUUUCAUAAUGGACAAUGCACAGAUGUGGAUGAGUGUGCUCAAAACACACGUCUCUGUGGUAAUGGACGCUGUGAAAAUACCCCCGGAAGUUUCCAAUGUGUGUGUCAACCUGGAUACAGACUGGAAUCGAAUGCCUGUAUAGAUGUGGACGAAUGUAAGAACGAGCUUCAGUGUCCAGGACAAAAGUGUGUGAAUUCGGUUGGCUCUUUCAAGUGUGUUUCGUGCAGUCCAGGCUUUGAGGUCAUUAAUGGCCAGUGUCAAGAUGUGGAUGAAUGCAGUCACACUCCUUCCCCAUGCUCUAACGGCCGGUGUGAGAACACUCCUGGAAGCUACAUGUGUGUGUGUCGCUCUGGAUUCAAACUGCAGGGAAAUACCUGCACUGAUGUUGACGAAUGUAAGAGCUCUGGAAUAUGUGGGGCUAUGAGUAAGUGUGUGAAUACAGACGGAUCAUACAGGUGCGAAUGUUUGCCCGGUUUCCGUGCUGCAGGACCUGGACGCCAGUGCCGAGACAUUAACGAAUGUUUGGAGGACGAGUUCUGCUUCCCUAAAGGAGAGUGUGUGAAUACAGAUGGUUCAUACAUGUGUGUGUGCUCUCAGGGUUACUACACAAGUGCCAAUGGAACUCUCUGUCUUGAUGUGGAUGAGUGUACCCGGGAUGGAGUCUGUGAGGACGGACGCUGCAAAAACACUGAUGGCUCAUUUACAUGUGACUGCAAAUCUGGUUUCACUGCGAAUCCGGAAAAAACAGCCUGCUUGGAUGUGGAUGAAUGUGUGGACUCUGGUGGGAGUGUGUGUGGUUCUCAGCGCUGUGAGAAUACCAUCGGCUCGUUUCGCUGCUUCAUCACCUGUGAACCUGGAUACAGCCUCACGGCUACAGGAGAGUGUGUGGACAUUAACGAGUGUGCGAACGAGAGUGUGUGUGGCCAGCACAUGUUCUGUAGGAACCUGAUUGGAACAUAUCAGUGUAUCUGUGACCAGGGGUAUGAGACAACUCCAGACGGGCGGUCCUGUGUGGACAUUAAUGAGUGUGCAGUGAUGGUGGGUGUGUGCGGAGCGGCACGCUGUUGGAAUGUUGAAGGUUCAUUCAUGUGUGAAUGUGAGAAGCGGCAGGAAGAAUUUGACCCACUUACAAGACAGUGUGUAACCGCAGGGUCAGGGUCAGAGUCAUUAUCACACCUACCCCAGCCAGGAGAGCGGAUAGAGUGUUAUUUUAACGUGGAUGAGAGGGACCAGUGUGCAGUCCUUUCUUCUAAUACGACUGUACAGGAGUGCUGCUGCACUGUGGGACGAGCCUGGGGACUCAAGUGCCAUUACACUUUCUGCCCACAAGCUGGAACAUCUGAAUUCCAAGCAAUGUGUCCGAACGGACGUGGAUAUGUGACUUCUGCAGUGGGGGCCUUUGGCUAUAGGGACGUGGACGAGUGUAAACUCUUCGACCCCGAUGUGUGUAAAGGUGGUGUGUGUGUAAACAACAUCCCUGGUUACUCGUGUUACUGCCCCAGUGGCUACUACUACGACAUGAACUUAUUGGAGUGUAUAGAUAAUGAUGAGUGUGAGAGUGGGGAUAUGUGUCCAGGCGGUGUGUGUGUGAAUACACUUGGUUCAUAUUACUGCACGUGUGAGCCGCCUCUAGUGCUGGAUGACACACAGCGCUCGUGUGUCAACAAUUCAGGCCUCACUGUUGAUGAGAAUCUGUCAUUCUGUUGGCAGCAUGUAACAGCUGAUCUGGUGUGUCAGAGGCUCUUGCGAGGAAUUCAAGUGACAUUUACAGAGUGUUGCUGUUUAUACGGAGAAGCAUGGGGGCUUCAGUGUGCUCUGUGUCCACGCAGAGAUGAGGAGGAAUAUGAGGCAAUGUGCACCACUUUUGGUCCUCCUCCAAAUUCACCUCGGUAUGCAGAGCGUUUUGCCCCACUGCCAGGUGGAGGAGGGGGUUAUGGAACACCAUACGGUGAGGUCAUUUACCAAGAGCUACCUCGUACGUCUGAUUACGAUUACUACAGUGUAGGGACAGGACGCAGACCUGGAUUGAGGACACGCCCGGCUGACUCAUAUACCCCUUUUGUGCCUCCUGGUCUCGGCUCCAGGCCUUACUAUGAGGAGGAAGAUUAUGACUCAGCUGCUGCUCCGCCAUUUGCACCAGAUCCUCGUAACGAGCGCUUCUAUGGCUCACGAUUUAGUCCUGGCCUCCUCACUGAAGGUGAUGAAGAUGAGGAGUCAUGGAGAGACCCCGCCCCUCUCCCACCCUUCACUGAUAGAAGACCAGGAAGUGAAAGACCACAGCGAGUCUAUGAAAGGCGCUACGAGUCAUUCGCUGGCUUGCCAGAGGAUGAGUGUGGUAUACUGCAGGGCUGUGAAAAUGGCCGCUGUGUUCGUGUAGGUGAAGGAUACACCUGUGACUGUUAUGAUGGCUAUCAGCUCGAUAUCUCCUCUAUGACCUGUCUAGAUGUGGAUGAGUGCAAGGAUCCAACCUUUCCAGAGUGUAGAAAUGCACAGUGUGUAAACACAGAAGGUUCAUAUAGGUGUGUGUGUCUGAGGGGAUUCAUCGCAUCACGCAGACCAAACUACUGCAUACCUGCUUAAGCAAAACACACACACUCACACAAACACACACACAAAUAGCAAAUGUUAUCUAUUAGCUAUAUCCUAUUUUAUUGGAUUAUUUUAUAGACAUUAUAGGUUUUAUCUGUUAUGGCUGUAAAUUGUUUUGUGUUUUUUUUAUAUAUUUUUAUAUAGAAUUUUCUAGAGGUUACACAAAUGCAAUAUACAAAACAUUUAGACACAAAAUAUUUUACUAUGUUAAAGGUAGGCUAUGUGACGUACAGAUGCUGAGUCAGUAAAACACAAUUCAGUAGAGUUGAUCUGAAACUGCUUAGGAAAGCACAUGUAUUUGAAUGUCAUAAGGUGUUAUGUUUGAUGAAUGAAUUUCACUGUCAUUGAAAUCUAAAGCUAAUCGAAAUCUUAAUGUAUGUGAUUGUACGGUUGCGAAUGUCCCAUGUGUAACACACUGCACUGUAAUUGUGGCCUUUUGUGAAAUUCUACGGUGAAUAAUUGUUUUUUCAAAGACGUUUGUUCAUUGUAUUGCCUUAUAUUUUUGAUAUGGCUAAUUCGGAGGUGUCGAAAAUAAAUUUGCCAAUAUUACACUUUGUGUUUCUUGUGUCAUAUUUCAGACUUUGAUGGAUCUCAUGACUAAUUAGAGUCAGUUCCACCAGAAUUCAUAUUCUCAGGCUUUUUUUAUUACUAUUAAUUUUCAUGCUUGAUUUAUAAUAAAUAUGAAUUUGUAAUGCAACUAGAACCCAUCCUCAUCUGGGUGACACCGGAUAGUAAAUGGUAAUAAUGUCCUUUAUACAACUGUUUAAAGUCUUGUACAACAAGAUCUUUCUUUAUUUUCACAACCAGCUACAUGAUAAUUAGGCUUUUUCCCCACUUCCUGUCAAUGUAUGCUGUGCUUGUAUCAGACAGCACUUUUGUUUGUUUAUUUGUUUGUUUGUGUGUGACUUUUAACAGUCUUAAGUCUUAUUGUAAACUAUAGUAAAGUUUAUAGAUUAUAAAAAUUA